AUGACACUUACUCGACCCGUCGACCCUCCUCCUGCUGAGAUUGAUCUCUCGAGUCUGAAUGCCCGAGACAGGAGAAAGAUCAAAGAGGCAAACAAAAAGAUUAAAAAUCAGAUUUCCCUAAUCGAGAAAAAGAAGAAAAACGCAACUCCCACCGAGGACGACAAAGUCUACCGGAAAACUCUCAUUGUUGACGAUGGAUCUCUCGAAGGUUCAAAGUCAAUGGCGGUUGCUGUGAUCAAUGCUUCUCCCUCCAUCCCAGCAGCAGACAACAUGGCCGCUGCCACCGUUGAGGAGGAAGGCCUUGCAAGUGACACUUCUCUUAUGAAGAAGAGGAAGGAUGAGGAACUUGGACCCCUGCCCCAGGGACGUCCCAAGAGCACAAGGAAGGGCAGAGCCGCUCCUUCGAAUCUUCUAAUUCCUGAACCUGCUGAAGCUCAGGAUGCAAAUCCUGAUUCAGGAACAGUUUUGAAGGAACCGCUGGGUUCAGGGAUGUUACCCCCUAGGCACCCCGAGGCAAUACCUCUAGGGUUUGAUCAUCUCCGAACUCAGGACUGGUUGCCAGAGCUUCAUAAAGAGAAGAUCGGGAAUAUGUUUAGGUGCUUCCACACCCGUGUUGGGAAGAAGCUUCCAUCCUUUGAUUGGUGGAAGCCUGAUAUCAUGAAGAUGUACAUCAGUCAUUCAUUCCACUCUUCCCAGGCAACUUUGGAUGUGAAUAGCAUUGUGAACUUUUACGAAGAGGAGCUCGCCAAAGUUUCCAAGAAAGUUGCUGCCGCUGAAGGAGAGAUUGAAAAACUGCAAUCUAGUCGGCCUGUGCAGGAAUCUGCUGGCCUUGACUCGGCUCGCCAGGAAGAGAUCGAGAGACUCGAAAGAUCCGGCGAGGAGACAAGGAGGACUUUGAUUGAGACAGAGCAAAAGCUAGAGACUGCCCUUGCUGUUCAUAACUUCGCAAAAGGCGAGAUUGAGCUUCUGAGAUCAGAGCUUAACAAGGUUAAAGCAGAUUCUGAGGAGCUCGAACGCAAAAAUGAGUCUCUUUCCGAACUGAAAGAUCGCGAUGUUCGCAAAAUAUCUCACGAUGCUCGGAAGGAGGUUAAGGGAGCUGGGAAAAAGUUUCUUCUUGCUUUGCAGGAAUUUAUCGCUGCAGACAAAGCUUGGAACAAGCUUAACUCCGAACGCGAUGAAAUAAAAAGCAAUCUCGAUUUGAUCAAAGAGAUAGAGGACGGAAAAGUCAAUUUGGCUGAAGAGAAAGAGACGGUUGGUGCUGAUUCCCCUCCAUUGACCGAACCAAACAUUGGUUUGUCCUUGGACGCAAUGGUGUUAACCGGUUCUCCUCGCGCUCAUUUUAAUGAGUUCGGAACCAAUGUUGACAGAAUCUCCUCGGGACGAGCUCAGGGGCUCUCUGAUCAGGGACUUGUCAUCUCCUCGAUUAUUGGAGACGAUGUUGAAUCGAGGAACGAGACUCCUCUCGAUGCUAGCUCGCUUAACCCUGAAGUGGUUCUCGCGACUCAAGACGAUGACGUUGGGGGUGCUCUUGUCUCAAGUCAAGUAAGAGAAGAAGGCGGUUCGCCUGUGAAUGAAUGA